UCAUGGCAAGUUGGGUCCAUUGUAAUAACUGUUUUGAACAACUACAAAAAAACAAGAAUGUUAGUUUCUUUCUGACAGAAUGCGGUCAUAUAACAUGUGAAAAAUGCGUUGAACACAUGAGAACUCCGCCAACAUGUAUGAUAUGUCGCAAAUCCACGAGCCUGAUAAAACUGUCUAAAGAUAUGAAUCCUUCAUUGCGUUGUUUUUUUAAUCCUUUGGAUAUUCAAUUGAAAAAAUGUAUUGAGAUUUAUAAUUUCCAAAAUAAUCACAGAGAAUCCAUCCUUGCCAAUUAUAUCAAAAAAUAUGAAUAUGCAAAGCAACAGUGCAUGAAACAAUACACAAUCAAUAACAAGCUUUUACAGGAGAAAAAAAUGUUGCGAUCUAUUAUAAGGAAUUCCAGUGACCGUGAUAAACCAAUGUCAAGUACCCCAAUACGGAAGAAUGUACAAUUUCAAAACACUUCAAUAUCUACCAUAACCCCUGAGAAACCGUUCAAGAUUAGUACUAGUACUGACAACAGAAGCUAUCCUUCAUUUUUCACACCAAUGAAGACAGUUCCAGGGUUUGCACAGAGAUUGUCUGCUUCGAAAAUGAACAAUCAGAGUAUCAGUUCCAUGACUCCAGGAAUAUCUCCACUUCAAGUUGUACCCAUGGCGGGAAGAAUGAAGCCUUCUGUAGCGGUUCAUCGAUUUCCUCUUGGACCUAUGUCUUCAUUGCAAGAACUACAAAUGAAAAAUAAGUUUAAUAAGAUAUAAUUUGUACUGUAUUGUAUUGAAUUUGUUUUGCUUAGAUUAGUCUUUGUAGGUGAAUUAUUUAAAAGCUAUUGUCUUUCU